AUGGAUGAGGAUGAUUCUCAACAAUUUUCUUUACGCUGGCACAACCAUCAGAACAGCGUAAUUGGAGCCUUGGGGAAAAUGCUGAGCACCGGUGCUCUGAGCGAUGUGACUCUAAGCGCCAACGGUACCUCCGUUAAAGCCCAUCGACUUAUAUUGGCUUGUUGCAGUCAGUAUUUUGCUCAACUGUUCAAGGAAGUGGUGACGGAAAACAACGCUCUGGUAAUAGUGCUUGGCUGUGAAGUGACGGAGUUGAGACUUCUACUCACGUUCAUGUACACUGGAGAGGUGACCGCUUCGAAGAAGAAUCUACCACCGCUGUUACGUCUCGCGCAGACACUGAAAGUCUCAGGGUUGACAGACGCUGAUACGAACUCAACAGUUACUUCGAAUGAAACGCAAAUAAUACCAGAAGGAAGUUACACUUAUACGAACCUCGACGUAGAUAAACAAGAAACUCCAAAUAAAAUUGUCACAAACAAUAACUCAGAGAGCAAUUCCAAUAGUCAUUACGAGAUCGCACCACAAAAUGACACGAAAGAAAUAGAAUAUAUGGAAGACUACAGGAACGAAAAGGAUAGACUGAGUAAACUAGACCAGAUAGUUCAGAAUUUAUACAGUACGCACAAAAUAACUACUCCAUUAAAUACGUCGUUAACGUCACCUCUAAUACCAAGUUUAAGAGAUUCGAUAGAGCCGUUCGAGCGCAAAUGGCGAUCGAGCGACUCUGUGUGCAAUGUGUGCAACAAACGUCUCAGCAAUCAAUACAACCUUCGAGUACAUAUGGAGACCCACGCGGGAAGAAGACACGCGUGCCGCGCUUGUAGUCACGUUUCUCGAUCAAGAGACGCUUUACGGAAGCACGUCGCUUAUAGACAUGCAACGACGUCUUCUACAAGAGCUCAUCGCGUGACGACGGCCACGAGCCGACUGGAUGGUUAG